AUGUUGUUAAGCGGACGAGUGAGUCAGCGCCGCUCUUGUUGCCAUCAUCCAUGUGUCCUCCUCCAUGUGUCCUCCUGCAUGUGUCCCUCCAUAUGUGUCCUCCUCCAUGUGUCCUCCUGCAUGUGUCCCUCCAUAUGUGUCCUCCUCCAUGUGUCACUCCUGCAUGUGUCCCUCCAUAUUUGUCCUCCAUGUGUCCUCCUGCAUGUGUCCCUCCAUAUGUGUCCUCCUCCAUGUGACCUGCGUGUGUCACUCCUGCAUGUGUCCCUCAUAUGUGUCCUCCUCCAUGUGUCCCUCCAUAUUUGUCCUCCGUGUGUCUUCCUUUAUGUGUCCCCCCUCUGUGUUCUCCUUUAUGUGUCCCUCCAUAUGUGUCCUCCUCCAUGUGUCCCUCCAUAUUUGUCCUCCAUGUGUCUUCCUUUAUGUGUCCCCCCUCUGUGUUCUCCUUUAUGUGUCCCUCCAUAUGUGUCCUCCUCCAUGUGUCCCUCAUAUGUGUCCUCCUCCAUGUGUCCUCCUGCAUGUGUCCCUCCAUAUUUGUCCUCCAUGUGUCCUCCCAUGUGUCCCUCCAUGUGUCCUCCUCCAUGUGACCUGCGUGUGUCACUCCUGCAUGUGUCCUCCAUAUGUGUCCUCCUCUGUCCCUCCAUAUUUGUCCUCCGUGUGUCUUCCUUUAUGUGUCCCCCCUCUGUGUUCUCCUUUUAUGUGUCCCUCCAUAUGUGUCCUCCUCCAUGUGUCCCUCCAUAUUUGUCCUCCAUGUGUCUUCCUUUAUGUGUCCCCCUCUGUGUUCUCCUUUAUGUGUCCCUCCAUAUGUGUCCUCCUCCAUGUCCUCCAUAUGUGUCCUCCUCAUGUGUCCUCCUGCAUGUGUCCUCCAUAUUGUCCUCCAUGUGUCUUCCUUUAUGUGUCCCCCCUCUGUGUUCUCCUUUAUGUGUCCCUCCAUAUGUGUCCUCCUCCAUGUGUCCCUCCAUAUUUGUCCUCCAUGUGUCCUCCUUUAUGUGUCCCCCCUCUGUGUUCUCCUGUAUGUGUCCCUCCAUAUGUGUCCUCCUCCAUGUGUCCUCCAUGUGUCACUCCUGCAUGUGUCCCUCCAUAUGUGUCCUCCAUGUGUCCCUCCUGCAUGUGUCCCUCCAUAUGUGUCCUCCUCCAUGA